GCCCCGUUCGCGUAAUAAUACCGCUUGAAUUAAAAGCUACAAACACCAAUAAAUAAAACAGGAAUAUUUAACGAUGACUCCCCAAUCUACACCCGUUUUGCACUAUACUAAACAACCCCUUCUUUCUCAGAACAAUCAUGUGACAGUUUUUAACCCUAAGAAAACAAGAAAAGUUAAAAGUGACAGUAAAAAGAAAAUUAAGUGUGUGAUAGUUGGAGAUCAAGCUGUUGGAAAAACCUCUUUGGCUGUGUCUUAUAGUAAUGAUAGCUUUCCAAGUGAAUAUAUACCGACAGCUUACGAUAAUUAUAACGUUCAAGUGCAGGUGAAUGGUAAGCCUGUGAGGGUAGAGCUCUGUGAUACAGCUGGAGAGGAUGAACUCGAUCCACUUCGGCACUUAUGCUACCCAGGCACCGACGUUUUUAUGUUAUGUUUCUCAAUUGUUAAACCUGAAUCGUUCUUCUCCGCAUGUUCUCGAUGGGCCGAAGAACUCACCCGACAGGAAGCCGCUGUAGUCCUUGUUGGAACUCAAGCAGAUCUCAAGGCUAAUGUAGAAGUUCUAAAUAGGCUUAGAUUGUACGGUCAAAGGCCUGUGAUGCAAUCCGAAGCCAGAGGUUUAGCCGAAAGAUUGAAUGCGCCUUAUAUUGAAACAUCAGCUCUAGCUUGUACCCAGUUGAAAGAAGCCUUUGAUACUGCCAUUGUGAUAGCUUUGGAUAGACAGAAACGAAAAACAAGACCUUGGAGGAAGCUAUUGUGUUGUAUCCCGUAAUUUUCGUUUUUGACGAUGUAAAUUUCGUUUUUGUACAUAGUUUAAAAACAUCUCAG